GGCUGAGCGUUCCGUGGCAGUUGGGGCGCGAAAAGCUGUUGACAGUUCGAGGCCGUGGUGGACAUUUCGUUUUCUUCAGGUUCGAGGCGAGGACAGACUUAUAGGAAGGGAAGGAAGAAUCCAAGGUGUGACAGAAGAUUCUGGAAAUAAGCUAAAGAAGCCAGUUUAUAGAUCCCGUGAACUGUGCAAGUGCUCCAAAAGAGUUCUGAAUAUGGAAGGACCCUUGAGGCCAAGACUGGUUAACUGCAGUGACUUUCAGUUUGGAGUGGUUGCCACAGAGACCAUCGAAAAUGCUCUGCUUCACUUGGCCCAGCAGAAUGAGCAAGCAGUGAAGGAGGCUGCGGGACGGUCAGGCAGCUUCAGGGAGACCCGGAUCGUUGAGUUUGUCUUUCUCCUGUCUGAACAAUGGUGUCUGGAGAAAUCGGUGAGCUACCAGGCCGUAGAAAUCCUAGAAAGGUUUAUGGUGAAGCAGGCAGAGAACAUCUGUCGGCAAGCCACACUCCAGCUGAGAAGUAACGAGACCGAGCUGCAGAGCUGGAGGGCUCUGAAAGAGCAGCUCUCCAACAAGUUUAUCCUCCGUCUGGUGUCGUGUGUGCAGCUGGCCAGCAAACUGUCUUUCCACUACAAAAUUGUCAGCAACAUCACAGUCCUCAAUUUCCUCCAGGCCCUUGGUUAUGGAUACACCAAAGAAGAGCUGCUAGAAUCGGAGCUUGAUAUUUUGAAGUCCCUGAACUUCCAAAUAAAUCUGCCCACACCGCUGGCAUAUGUGGAGAUGCUCCUUGAAGUUCUAGGGUACAAUGGCUGUUUGGUCCCGGCCACACAACUACAUGCAACGUGUCUGACCCUCCUCGACCUGGUCUAUCUUCUGCACGAGCCCAUCUAUGAGAGCCUCUUGAGAGCUUCAAUUGAGAAUUCUCCACCCAGUCAGCUGCAGGGGGAAAAGUUUAUCUCUGUGAAGGAAGACUUUAUGCUGUUGGCAGUUGGCAUCAUUGCAGCGAGUGCCUUCAUCCAAAACCAUGAAUGCUGGAGCCAGGUCAUAGGGCAUUUGCAGAGCAUUACGGGCAUUGCCUCGGAAAGCAUUGCUGAGUUCUCUUACGCAAUCCUGACUCACAGCGUGGGAGCAAACACCCCUGGGCAACAGCAGCCUGUUCCCCACAAGGCCGCCAGAGCUCUGAGGACUGCUGCUUCCUCUAACACAUGAGGCUGGCUGACCUGCACCGCCUUCUGUCACUGAACCCCCUUCCUUGUUUACUUUCAUACUCAGGGAACAAAAAUUCCAAGUUUCCUUUGAACAGUGUUUUGUAUUUCAAUUUCAGGCAUGUUAUUUUUUUCUACAUCAGAGAUAGUUAUGGGAGACAAACAUAUCUGUUGUGUCAUGGUAGGCUAAAAAAAAUCAAAGAAUUGGACAGAGUUAGAUUGUGAAAUUGGUCCAUUUUUGUUUGACAAGACUUUUAAAUUUUCCUAAUUUAAUCUAAGAGGUAAUAUCACAUAGAAAUAAGUAUUUCUGAGGACUUUAAAACACUUUUGAAUGACCUUGACUGAGUGUCUCUGAGGUAGCCUUUCUUCCCUUGCUCCUGCUACAGCUGGUUUUUUU